AUGUAUGUCAAACAGAUUAUCAUCCAAGGCUUUAAGAGCUACAAGGAUCAAACGGUCAUCGAACCUUUCUCUCCCAAGCACAACGUCAUCGUUGGCCGCAACGGUUCCGGCAAAAGUAAUUUCUUUGCGGCCAUUCGCUUCGUCCUCAGCGAUGCUUACACCCACCUCGGCCGCGAAGAGCGACAAGCUCUGCUUCACGAAGGUUCUGGCUCGGCCGUGAUGUCAGCAUACGUGGAAAUUAUAUUCGAUAACUCAGACGAUCGAUUCCCUACGGGCAAGCCAGAGCUCGUGCUCCGUCGAACCAUCGGUAUCAAGAAAGACGAAUACACACUGGAUCGAAAGAACGCCACCAAGAAUGAUGUUAUGAACCUCCUCGAAUCCGCCGGUUUCUCUCGGUCCAAUCCAUACUACAUCGUUCCCCAAGGACGAGUGACCGCAUUGACGAAUAUGAAAGAUUCCGAGCGUCUGGUGCUACUUAAAGAGGUGGCAGGAACUCAAGUAUAUGAAGCUCGUCGCGCCGAAUCCCUCAAGAUCAUGAACGAGACCAACAGCAAGCGAGCCAAGAUUGACGAGCUCUUGGACUACAUCAACGAACGUUUGGCCGAACUUGAGGAGGAAAAGGAUGAGCUUAGAAAUUAUCAAGAGAAAGACAAAGAACGCCGUUGCCUUGAGUACACAAUUUACUCUCGUGAACAACAAGAGAUUGCAUCUGUGCUUGAAAGCUUGGAGGAGCAGCGACAGAAUGGGGCUGAAGAUGCCGACAACAACCGUGAUCAAUUCGUUGAUGGUGAAAAGGCUAUGGCGCAGAUUGACGCCGAGAUUGCUGAGUGCCGCCAGCAAAUGGAGUUCUUGAAGGUUGACAAGUCUCAGCUGGAAGAUGAACGCCGUCAAGCUUUCAAAGCCUUGGCUCAAGUCGAAUUACAGGCCAAAUCCCUGGCCGAUAACCAAGCUGCUGCACAAGCUCUCAAGUCACGCCAUGACAAUGAUCUUAAUGCGGUGCGAACGGCCAUUCAGGAACGCGAGGCGGAACUCCAAACGCUUUUACCCGAUUUCAACGCCGCCAAGGACCAGGAAGAUGGCGUCAAGGCUCAACUCACCGAGGCAGAAACAUUACGUCAAAGACUGUACGCCAAGCAGGGCCGAAACUCUCGGUUCAAGAACAAGUCGGAGCGAGACAAGUGGCUUCAAAUGGAGGUACGGGAGAACAACCGAUCGGUGACUACCGUUGAAGGUGUAGUGACACAGACAAAAGAGGAUAUCAAAGACCUGGAAAAGGAAAUUUCUUCGCUGGAGCCGGAAACCGAGCGUCUACGCCAGCAAAUUGAUGGACGCGGGGAUACAAUUCAUUCUGUGGACGAACAAGUUCAAACUGCCAAGGAUGAGAGGGAUAAGUUGAUGGACCAGCGAAAAGAGCUCUGGAGGGAAGAAGCAAAGCUGGAUUCUGUUUUGUCCAGUGCAUCUCAAGAGAUGGACCGAGCUGAGCGAAGUCUUUCUCAUAUGAUGGAUCAGAAUACUAGCCGUGGUAUUGCUGCCGUGCGGAGGAUUCAGCGCCAGCAAAACCUUGACGGCGUGUACGGUACUUUGGCUGAACUUAUGGAAGUAAACGAUCGAUAUCGAACGGCCGUGGAGGUCACAGCUGGUCAAAGUCUGUUUCACUACGUGGUUGACACUGACGAAACUGCGACCAAGGUCUUGGAGGCUUUGCAGAAAGAGAAGGCUGGUCGUGUAACCUUCAUGCCUUUAAACCGACUACGCACGAAGCCCCUCAACCUACCCCGAGCCGGUGAUGCCAUUCCUAUGAUUGAAAAGAUCCAAUACGACCCUGCAUAUGAACGGGCUUUCCAGCAUGUAUUCGGCAAAACUAUCAUUUGCCCUAACCUGCAGGUUGCGUCGCAAUAUGCUCGAAGCCAUGGCGUCAAUGCCAUCACCCCCGAUGGUGACCGAUCAGACAAGCGUGGUGCACUGACUGGUGGUUUCCAUGACUCCCGUCAAUCACGACUUGAAGCAGUGAAGAAUGUUGGCAAGUGGCGAGAUGAAUACGAGACCAAGCGAACUCGUGGGACGGAAAUCCGCAAGGAGUUAGAGAAGCUUGACCAGCUUAUCACCAAGGCUGUUGGUGAGUUGCAAAAGCUUGAGCAACAACGACACCAAGUGCAAAAUAGCAGUGGACCCUUGAGGCAAGAGCUUCGCAGCAAACGUGAUCUCUUGCAAAACAAGAAUGACACGCUGGAUGCUAAGAGACGUGCACUUCGCAAUGUCGAAGUCAACCUUGCAGCUUUACAUGAUCAAGUCGCUGCCUUCCAGGCUGAGCUGUCUUCCCCCUUCCAAAAGUCACUCACCGAUGAAGAAGAAGCCCACUUGGAGAACCUGAGUGGAACCACCCAGGACCUGCGUCGGCAAUACCAAGAGCUCUCCAGCAAGCGGAGUGAGCUCGAGGCCCGGAAGUCCGUUCUGGAGGUUGAGCUCCGAGAGAAUCUUAAUCCUCGUCUCGACCAGCUUUUGAAUCGAGAUAUCGACAUGGCUGAGGAUGAGGUGCAGGGCAAUCUUAAAGAGACUCAGCGCGAGCAAAAGCGCCUCAACAAAGCAUUGGAAAAGCUCAACGAACGUCUCCAGCAAGUCGAUACCUCCAUUGAGGAGUCGACUACUCGGGUCAGCGAACUGCAGCAACGUAACGUCGAGACACGACGCGAGAUGGAAGACCUUGCCCGGUCUAUCGAAAAGUACCAGCGUCGCAUGGAAAAGAGCAUGCAAAAGAAGUCUGCUCUUACCAAGCAAGCUGCUGAAUCUGCUGCCAACAUCCGGGACCUAGGUGUCCUUCCCGACGAAGCUUUUACCAAGUACCAAAAAACCGACUCCAACGCCGUGGUCAAGAAACUUCACAAGACAAAUGAGGCUUUAAAGAAGUACUCGCACGUCAACAAGAAAGCGUUUGAGCAGUACAACAACUUUACUAAGCAGCGCGAAACGCUUACUACGCGCCGAGAGGAGUUGGAUGCGUCCCAGAAAUCGAUCGAUGAUUUGAUUUCUGUUCUGGAUCAGCGCAAGGACGAAGCGAUCGAGCGAACCUUCAAGCAGGUGUCACGCGAGUUUGCCAAUGUUUUUGAGAAGCUGGUUCCUGCCGGACGUGGUCGUCUUAUUAUCCAACGCAAGACUGACCGCGCCGCGCGAGUUGGGGAGGAUGCUGAUUCAGACGAUGAAGCGGCGAGAGAGAGUGUGGAGAACUACGUUGGCGUGGGCAUCAGUGUGAGCUUCAAUAGUAAACACGAUGAUCAGCAGCGUAUUCAGCAGCUAAGUGGUGGACAGAAGAGUUUGUGUGCUCUGGCCUUGGUAUUUGCUAUCCAAGCCUGUGACCCGGCCCCAUUUUACCUAUUUGAUGAGAUCGACGCCAACCUGGAUGCUCAGUACCGGACAGCUGUGGCCCAGAUGUUGAAGUCGAUCUCGGAUUCCACCAAUGGGCAAUUUAUCUGUACGACAUUCCGACCGGAGAUGCUCCACGCGGCAGAAAAAUGUUAUGGUGUUAGCUUCCGACAAAAGGCUAGUACUAUUGACGUGGUUUCGAGAGAAGAGGCUCUGAAGUUUGUUGAGGAGCAGAAGACUUGA